CACAUUAAUGUGCUUUCUUUCUCCCCAAUUCCUUUUGAAUUGAUUUAGUUUUAAUUUGUAAAUGAUACAAAUUGCAUCCUCCAUUUUUAUGCAUAACUUAUCAAAUCAGCAGACAGACAUCUCUUGUUCUCCAGUUCCACAUCUCAUUUCUCUCUCUCUCUCUCUCUCUGUGUGUGUGUGUGUCUCUCAGCAUGCGAUCAUUCCCAGAAAGAAACGAUUACUUAAGCAGAAACUCUAGCUCCCCUUCAAAAUCCUCGUCUACGUCUUCCUCCCCAUCAUCUCAGCUACUGAACCCUUCAUCAGCCAGGCAAGCCAUGGAAGAUGUCUGGAAAGACAUAAACCUAACAUGUCUUCAAGACUGUCCAAGCGGCGCCAACCACGCCAACCACCCUGCUUUUCCUGCUGGAAUGAUCCUUCAAGACUUCUUAGCUAGACCAUUCAACAAAGAACCACCAACUGAGCCCUCCUCUGGGCGAGCCAAUGAUUUUCUAGAUUCUUUAGGGCCACGACCUGCCACUAUGUUGAGUUUGAAUUCUGGGUCUGAUUUUGAAAUUCUCGAAAGUGGGACUGCUUCCAGAAGGCCAAACCCUCAGAUGAAUACUCAUGCGAGAGUUGACACACCCUCUUUUGGUUCUUGGCUAAUCUCUCCCCUUGAUGCUUUGGGUUCUUCGUCGGUUUGUCCUUCCAUUUGCAAGAAAAGACUUCAAGAAAAUCACAACAACUCUGUUGAUAGGAGACACAAACGAAUGAUGAAGAAUAGAGAAUCAGCUGCUCGGUCCAGGGCUAGAAAGCAGGAAUCUCUCUCCUCUCUCUCUCUCUCUCUCUCUCUUUCAAAAAGAUGAUAUCUUUAGUUGAAAAUACAAUAAUCCAUGUAAUAUUUAGUGACAUUCUUUAGUGGGUUUCUUUUUGAAUCCCUUUUUAAAACAU